AUGGAACUCAACCGAGAACAUUUUCGCGCCAUAAUUUAUUACAACUUUCAGAGACAAUUAUCGCAACAAGAAUGCCUUGCUGAAUUACUGUCUGUUUUCGGCAACGAAGCGCCACAUCAGUCGACAAUUUCCAGUUGGUAUGGAGAAUUCAAAUGUGGAACGGCAGUCACCCAGGAAGACGUCGAUGCUGUGCGCAAACUCAUCAUUGAAGAUAUACAUGUGACAUAUCGCGAGAUUGAGGCGUGCUUGAAGAUCUCAAAGACCUCAAUUCAAAAAAUUUUACAUGAAGAAUUAGGAGUAAGAAAAUUAUCGACAAUUUCCCGUUGGUAUGGAGAAUUCAAACGUGGACGGGUGAGUCUUAGCGACGAUCCCAGGGUGGGUGCACCAAAAACGGCAGUCACCCAGGAAAACGUCGAUGCUGAGCGCAAACUCAUCAUUGAAGAUAGACAUGUGACAUAUCGCGAGAUUGAGGCGUCCUUGAAGAUCUCAAAGACCUCAAUUCAUGAAGAAUUAGGAGUAAGAAAAUUAGUUUCUCGUUGGAUAUCCCAUCUCUUGACUGAAGAGCAGAAAGCAGCCAGGGUUAAUUGGUCAUUGUUAGUGGUGAUGGAUCGUGGAUUUAGUGUGUUCCAAGGUGAAGAAAAGCCAACAAAAGUCAUCCGUUCUCGAAGUGUUUCGAAAAAGAUGCUCGCGACAUUUGUGUCAAAAGCGGGUCAUAUUCAAAGCACUGUUACUGCGGAUUGGUAUACCACCAUUUGUUUGCCAAAAGUAAUCACCGAGCUUCGAAAAAUCAACCCCGAAAGAAGAAUCAUCCUCCACCAAGACAAUGCAAGCUCGCACACAGCCCAAAAAACAAGGCAGUAUUUAACGGAAGAAAACGUGGAAUUAUUGGACCAUCCUCCAUAUAGUCCCGAUCUAAGUCCUAACGAUUUCUUUACUUUCCCGAAAUUUAAAAACAGACUGCGUGGUCAAAGGGUCCAGUGGUCCAGUUUGGAUCUGCUGUCAAACGAAUGGAAUAAAUGCUUCGAAAAUUGGUUCGAGCGCGUGGAGAUGUGUAUUAAUCUUCGUGGAGAAUACUUCGAAAAACAAUAA